AUGCAGCUGCUCGGCGUGUCAUUGGCAGCCCUCGCGGCGCUGGUUUCGGCCUCGCCCGAGGUGUUGGAAUCGGCCCUAGUUGGCGACGAUCAGUGCAACGGGGGCGAAGAGUCCUGUGUGCUGAAUGCUUUGCAGCUGAAGGGCCAGAAGAGCUCCGCGCAGGAGAUGUUGGAAGCGGCAGACGAGGAGGAGCAGGAGGAAGAGGAAGAGAGUGCGUGGCUCAAGGACAUUAGCACCAAGACCAAGAACCACUUCAAGCACAUCCUGGCUCCGCUGCAGAAGCCCAUCGUGGCCAACUACCAGUAUCUCACUGAGCUUGAGAAGUUCGUGAACUACACCAUGGAGAAGGUGGAGAAUGCCACCGGCCAUGUUGUGGUCUGGAACCGAAAGUCACUCCUGCAGGAGGAUGAGGAGGAGGAAGUGGAGACAACUUGGGGCCGUCGUCGCCGCAGCACCAGCGGCAAGGACCUGCCGCCUCGUGCCCGCUACAUCAACAAGAUCCUCAUCUACCUGGACAAGGAGAUGGAGGCCGUGUGGAACUACAACACGAUCGUUGACCGAAAGCGAUGGGGUGUUGGCAACACGAUCACCUCCUCGCCGUAUGGUCCCCACGGAGAGCACCCAGAGCGCUGGCGCGCAAACGGCAGCUUCCCCUUCCCACUCAAGGCUCCAACAUCUCCCGUGCUGAACGUCAGCAACUCUCUCGUCAUGAAGUUGAAGCCUGAGAAGCGGGAGUACGACAACAAGUACGCCCAGCAGCUGGCUGCCGACUACGCGUCUUUGAUUGACAACAUCAACGACGCCAGCAAGAAGGGCCAGGAGCUGCGUGCACGUCUUUACAAGAUGGACGCCUAUGCGGACAAGUUCAUCAAGCUGCCAAGCGGUGUCUGGAACAAGAUCGAUGCCAACCGGUGA